GCUAAUUGCCAACCUGAUGACUGGCGGCUGAGGAGUGGGGUGAUGAUGCCACUGGCAGAAGCAGGCGCCCUGGCCCAAGGAGGAGGCCCUUCAGCAACGGAGUGGGCCUGCAUUCUGCGGAGGUUGUUGAGGAAGGAGGGAGUAGAUGGAGGGCUCUUUUCACCAGAAGACCCCCAGGCACAAGCAGCCCACCUUACCGAUGGUCAGAGCAUCCAGAAGAAGUGGCGAGACUUCAGCUGUCCUCAAAGCAGGAAGACAGAGUAUUUCUGGCAGAAAGAACAGCACAAGCAAAGAUCUGGUAACCCUAGGUGCCUCCAGUUUGAGGGAGGAGAGAGGACACCCCCUCCACCCCGGACAUAGGAAAGCAGUCCACCUGCGCACCAGGGGCAGGACACGUGGCUGGGUGCAGACGCUGGCCCGGAUGUCGCGGAGGACUCGCGGGCCGGUAGAGCGCGCGGCGGCGGCGGCGGGAGGAGACGCAGGUCACGCCCCCUUCCCACCACCUCCCGCCGCCGACGGGGCGCGCGCGCCGAGGAGCCCGGGACAGGUGACUCCUAGAGGACUGCGUCUGCGCCUCCCCCGGCGGGAGUCCCUUCUUCGCGGCCUCUGCCGCCCCCUGCGUCCCCUCCUGGGCUUCCGAGAGUCUGACUCAGCCAAGCCGGCAUCGCUUCGCCUCCUACAACACACCCCGAGCGCGAGAAGAAAUUACAGGAUUGCAGGGGCACGGCUAAUGCGCUCUAAUUACCCACCGCCGCUGUCAUCCGCGGCGCUCCGCGGCGCUGGGCCAACGCGCCGUAAUUAAGACGCCGCUCCCCGGUCCCGGAACCCUCCCUUCGCCACCCCCACCCACCCACCUCGCGGUCCCCAGGACCACUGGCUGCCGACUCCUGCCGCCCUCUGGGACUGGCCCUCAGUCCCAGGAGAGCUAUGAGGCCUCACUGGGGGCAGAACUUGGGGAGACCGAAGCCGGCCCUUCCACUCCCCUAAACCUACAGUCCUGGAAGGUCUCUGCUGGAAGAGACUGGGAGAGUGGGGAGGGGCCAGGGACCUAUUUCGUUGACAGAAACACUGAGGUCUAUUGGAAAGUUAGCCUUCAGUGGGAGGAGUGGCAAAGGCACGCAGGGCAGCAGUACCCCCGUUUGGCACUUGAGGCACGGAGAAGGGAAGGGAAGUCCGCCCAGCCAGAACUCCCAGACCCGCUCGUUUAACAGUGGCUUUAUGAGCAGCACGACGGACUCCCUCCCCUGGCGGGGAAAUUACCUUCCUGCGAAGAAAGGUGACAUCCCCGCCACAGACAGGGAGGCCCCGCCUACUGGCCAGCUGUGGCCUGCUGGUCACAGGGGAGCUGGUGAGGAGUGAGGUGGCUCUGGCCUCCCAUGUCGGGUAGGGUGAGAGAGGCCCUGAAGAUAGAAGCCAGGCCCGAAGGCCAGAAUUAAAGGGGUAGCUUGGCCAUCAGCUCCUUCCCCCAAAACCAGGCUCAGAGCUCUCCUCUAUCAGCAAUUCUUUCCUGAGGUCCAGGGUGUUGCAAACUCAUGGCCUUGGGCCACGUUUUACCUUCAGUGAGGUUUUGUUUGGCUUGCAAUGAGUACAUGGGUUUUAGGUUGAAUGUGAGAGUCUGCAGACGAUGUGGGUUCUCCGACUGCCCUCCCAGUGAAGGUGGACCUCUGAUUUAGACCGGCCCGCUGGGCCCGUGCCUUCAUCCUUUUCCUCAGCGGCAGGAUCUUAGUCCCCAUGAUUGCUGCCCCUUUGUGGUCUGCACGUUUCUUGGUAAGGGUGCCCAGUCAAGUGUCUCUGGGAGCCCCCUCUUCUCUGUCAUCGUCAGGCUCCCCACUUGCAGUGGCCGUGGUGGCUGCACAUGCUCCCGGAUACCCCUCCAGCACUCCCUUUUGUCAUCUUGAGUUUCAGUCCGUGACUUGGGUGACACCCUAUCUUCUCCAUCAGGGAUGGCAGCUAUUUUUCUGCCAUGAGACUAGAGGUUGCUUGAGAACAGGAAAUUGGAUCUCUCCCUUCAGGCUGGGAUUUCACUAAGGGCUGGAGAAGUGGGGAAUAUGGGAGGUUUAUCUCCUAUCACUGGGAGCGCUCUGAGGGCAAGGCUGUGUCUCCAAUUCAGACUGAUGGUUCCCUGAGGAUGGGGCUGUUUCUACCCUCCGACUGGGGCUCCCUGAGGGCAGGGCUGUGUCUCCGAUUCAGACUGAUGGUUCCCUGAGGAUGGGGCUGUUUCUACCCUCCGACUGGGGCUCCCUGAGGGCAGGGCUGUGUCUCCGAUUCAGACUGAUGGUUCCCUGAGGAUGGGGCUGUUUCUCCCCUCCGACUGGGGCUCCCUGAGGACAGGGCUGUGUCUCCCCUCAGCCUGGGGCUCCCUGAGUCAGGGCUGUGUCUCCCCUCAGACUGGGGCUCCCUGAGGACGGGGCUGUGUCUGCCUCAGACUGGGAAUCCCUGAGGAUGGGGCCGUGUCUCCCUCAAAGUGGGGCUCCCUCAGGACAGCGUUGUGUCUCCCCUCAGACUGUGGCUCCCUGAGGACGGGGCUGUGUCUCCCUCAGACUGGGGCUCCCUGAAGAAAGGGCUGCUUCUCCCUCAGACUGGAGCUCCCUGAAGAUGGGGCUGUGUCCCCCUCAGACUGGGGCUCCCUGAGGACGAGGCUGCAUCUCCCCUCAGACUGGAGCUCCCUGAGGGCAAGGCUGUCUCCCCCCUUCAGAUUGGGGCCUCCCCCAGAGGACAGGGACUGUGUCUCCCCUGGGACUAGGUUCUUUGUGUCUUCUGCAUCAGACAGAUUCCCAUGAGGACAGGGCUGUCUCCCCCUCCAACUGGAGCUCCCCGAAGGCAAUAGCCUCUCCCCUCAAAUGGGACAUUUGCACCCCACCCCACCCUCUGGCUCCCAUGGCGCCCAGGCAUUCCUCCCAGGACACCAUUUGUCACGCUUUGAUGAAUGAAACUUACUAAGAAUAACUCAGUCCUUGUAGACUCUAAAGGACAGGGGGAGGGAGAGGGAGGAGGCUGGUGAUUGUGGGGGUGCUGGGGGAGGAAGGACACAAUCCAUUUAUUCAAUAGCAUUUCCUGAGUCCCCAGCUGGGCACUGGGGGAGACACAGUGAGUGCCACAGAGCCCCCUACUGUGCCAUUUCUGCCACUGACUGCCAGGGGUGUCCACAGGACCCCUGAGACAGAAAGUUCAGGUCCCUGCUUCAGAGCCUCCCCACCCCAGCAGUCAUUACCUCAGGGCCAGCCAGCCCCCUCCAUGCCAGUCAUGAGCUCCCUCUGCCCCUCCCUUCAGUGGAGGGGAGACUUUGAAAUCAGGUGCUUGGGGUGGGGGCGCUGCUCCCAGUGGGGGUGUGAGGAACCUGGAGGAUGAAUCCCUGUCCCCCGCCCUCCCCCUACUCUAUUCUUCCUUACCCUGCCCCUUUCCACUCCAAAACCUCAAGCCUCUGGUUCACAUUUGAGUGACCUUUCCAAAGCAACUGUUCUCAGGGGGUCCUUGGGAGCCGGGAGGCUGUGACCUUAACCCACUUCUUUGGACAGUGCCUUCCUGGCACUCCGCCCCCACCUGCCACCUCCUGAGAGGAACAUUUCGGCUGGUCUUGGCAAAAACAUCAGUCUAUGAUCCAGGCAGCCUGGUACAGUACCAGCUCUGCCACUGACACCACUGUGACCUUGGGAAGCCAUUUACACAUAUGGGUCUCAGUUUCUCCAUAUGUAAAAUGACUUUUGUUUAGUUUUCCUGAUUUUCAAACCUUUUUUUCAAACAGUGAAUCCUCUUGUUUAAAUUGUAAA